CUGCAGGGGCCGCUGGGGAUGGCGGGGCGGCGGUGGCGGAGCGAGGCGGGCAGCCCUGACCGCGCCGCUCCCGAGCGGGCCCCGAGGAUCUACACGAGGACGGGAGACUCAGGAUUCUCCAGCACCUUCACCGGGGAGCGGCGGCCGAAGGGUGACCGGAUCUUCGAGGCCCUGGGAGCCACGGACGAGCUGAGCUCGGCCAUCGGGCUGGCUGGUGAGUUUAGCAGUGAAAAGGGCCACACGUUUGUUGAUCAGCUUCAUAAAGUCCAGUGCAUGCUGCAGGAUGUGGGCUCCAACCUCGCCACGCCGCUCUCCUCGGCCAGGGAGGCUCACCGGAAACGAACAUCUUUCAGCGAGAAGCCCGUCCUGGAGCUGGAGCAGUGGAUUGACAAUUACUCAGAGCAGCUCCCUCCCCUCAGAGCCUUCAUCCUGCCCUCUGGAGGCAAGAGCAGUGCUGCUCUCCACUUCUCCCGAGCUGUGUGCCGCAGGGCUGAGAGGUGCGUGGUCCCUUUAGUCCAAGCAGGGGAAGCAGAUCCAAACGUGGCCAAGUAUUUAAACAGGCUCAGUGACUAUCUCUUUGUCCUGGCACGUUAUGCUGCAAUGAAGGAAGGGAAGGAAGAGAAAAUCUACAUAAAACCUGAGCCCUAGCUGGGAGCUGGAAUGUUUUUUCCUUGAUCAUGGAAAACUAAAUCCAGUUGACUGCUUUUCUUGUCCAUCAAGGAAGGGAAAGAGAACAAGCCUGGGCUGGAAAUAGGAGCUGCCAAGAGCUUCCUUGUGAGAUAACCAGGACUUUGUUGAUAAAUGCUGAGAGAAACAGAAUCACUGAAUAUCCUGAGUUGGAAGGGACGCAGACACACCUGUUCUGUUCCCUGGGCCUGCUCCGCAUAUCCCAUGUGGGGAUGGCUCUGGAGUCACUGCUUCUCCCAGGUGGGAGUUGAGGCAGGAGAAUUCCAGUAGCAUUUUGGAGAUGCCUUCAUUUCCUUGGGCAGCAGCAGGUGCUGUGGGAAGGCUCUGACACGACUCUGAGGGAUGAUGAAGGGCAAACAAUCAGCUCCUCCUUUGAAGUCACAGUGCUCGUAUGGAGCAGCAGCUGGAGGCGUUUGGGAAUUGUGUCUGCAGCUCUGAAAUAAUAAAUGUGAAUUUCCUUGUA